GACGUUCACGCCAAGUCGACGCCAUAUUGCCCUCAGCUGGAAGAACGCGGGAGGGUCUUGAGAGAAAUUUAAAAACACACGACCAGCGUUUCCCUCUCCGAACCACGACUAAUGGACGCAAUGGCAAGCCCGGGCAAAGAAAACUAUCGAAUGAAGAGCUACAAGAAUAAAGCCCUGAACACCCAGGAAAUGCGGAGACGGAGAGAGGAGGAGGGAAUACAGCUCCGUAAACAGAAGAGGGAGGAGCAGCUGUUCAAAAGGAGGAAUGUGUGUAUACCACCUGGUGAUGAGUCCAUGCUUGAAUGCCCCAUUCAAGACCCUGAUAUCAGCUCCACUGUACCUGUAUCAGGUGAAGGAGUCAUAACCCAAGACAUGAUUCAAAUGAUGUUCUCUGAGGAUCCAGACCAGCAGCUCAUAGCCACUCAGAAGUUCAGAAAGUUACUCUCUAAAGAGCCCAAUCCUCCCAUUGAUGAGGUCAUCCUCACACCUGGUGUCGUCAACCGAUUUGUUGAAUUCCUAAAAAGGAGUGAUAACUGCACUCUGCAGUUUGAAGCAGCCUGGGCCCUGACCAACAUUGCAUCAGGGACCUUCCAACACACCAAGGUGGUCAUUGAGACAGGGGCCGUGCCUAUCUUCAUAGAGCUGCUCAACUCGGAUUAUGAGGAUGUACAAGAGCAGGCAGUGUGGGCAUUAGGAAAUAUUGCCGGGGAUAAUGCAGAGUGCAGAGACUAUGUCCUCAACUGUGGCAUCUUGCCCUCUCUUCAGCAGUUGCUUGCCAAAUCAAAUCGGCUCACUACCACCCGGAACGCCGUGUGGGCACUGUCCAACCUGUGCAGAGGGAAAAAUCCACCUCCGGACUUUGCAAAGGUGUCACCCUGUCUGAGCGUGCUCUCCAGAUUGCUCUUCAGCAGUGAUCCUGAUGUUCUUGCAGAUGCCUGCUGGGCACUUUCAUAUCUGUCAGAUGGACCCAACGACAAAAUCCAGACAGUUAUUGACUCGGGCGUGUGCCGCAGGCUGGUGGAGUUGCUCAUGCACAGUGAUUACAAAGUGGUGUCUCCUGCACUGAGAGCGGUGGGGAACAUUGUAACAGGAGAUGAUAUUCAGACCCAGGUGAUUCUGAACUGCUCCGCUCUGCCCUGCCUGCUCCAUCUACUCAGCAGUCCGAAGGAAUCCAUCAAAAAAGAGGCCUGCUGGACAGUCUCCAAUAUCACUGCUGGGAACAGAGUGCAAAUCCAGGCGGUGAUCGAUGCCAACAUAUUCCCAGUGCUAAUCGACAUUCUGCAAAAAGCCGAGUUCCGCACCAGGAAGGAGGCCGCGUGGGCAAUAACCAACGCCACCUCGGGAGGCACGCCAGAGCAGAUGAGGUACUUGGUUUCUCUCAACACCAUAAAGCCCAUGUGUGACCUGCUCACGGUGAUGGACUCCAAGAUUGUGCAGGUGGCUCUGAACGGUCUGGAGAACAUUCUUAGACUGGGAGAACAAGAGUCCAAACAGAACGGAUCGGGCCUCAACCCUUAUUGUGCCCUCAUUGAAGAGGCUUACGGCUUAGACAAGAUUGAGUUCCUGCAGAGCCACGAGAACCAGGAGAUUUACCAGAAGGCCUUUGACCUGAUCGAGCACUACUUCGGGGUGGAGGAGGAAGACGCUAGCAUCGUUCCCCAGGUGGAUCAGAAUCAGGGCCAGUACAUUUUCCAGCAGCCCGAGGGACCGAUGGAGGGCUUCCAGCUCUAACCCGUACACCUAUGCUACUGGCCAGUCUUCAGGCCUUGCUUCCUCCAUCCUGCUUGGAGUCUCCUCUCCCUCCCUCUCUGCAGCGCAGGAACUCCGCUCCAGCCUCGCUCAAAGACACGGAGGCCCGGACCCGCUACUCGCAGCAGAGAUGACACCUGCGCCCCCCCAAACCCAACCCACUAAA